GUAGUCGACAAACGGACGGAAAGCAGGACAAGAAGAGGAGCACCGGGACCGAACCAGACCGCUCCUUACCUGGGAACACAGCCCGGGCGUCAAAGAAGAUUGCUUUUUAAUACGUUUCAGUUGUCUGAACAACAUGAGAGUGAGUGAAGUCCACGCAGCAGAGUCUGUUGCCUACAUGAACAGGGCAAUGGUCAGGCUGCAGGAUAUCUGGGAUGAAAUUGGGAUUCCCGAAGAGCAGCGUGUGCAGAGAACCAAUGAUGUUAACAAGCACAUUAAAGGUUUGCUGGACCUCAUGAUUGCUGAAGAAGAAGGCCUCAAAAAACGAUUACUGACAAGCAUAGAGUCUUGUCGUGAAGAACUUAACCUAUUGUGCGCUGAACUUCAGCUGCCCCCCUUUGAGGAGGAGGACGGCUGCACCAUGUUGCAGAUGGAGAAAAACAGCCGCACACGUCUAGAGGUCAUGAUGGAGCACAAGAAGCAAAGAAUGGAAGAGCUUAAAGGCUUCACUGUCAAAGACCGCGAGCUGUGUGAUAUUAUGUGCACUACACCCUUCAGCAUUGACCACAACGCCGUUCCAUCACUGAAGCAACUGGAAACCUAUCGUGCCUACCUGGAUGAUCUGACCAAAGAAAAGGAGCGUCGUCAUGAUGAGUUUGUGAGCAUCAGAAAGGAGAUCAUUGUAUACAUGGAUGAUCUGGAGCAACAACCAGAGACCAGUUUUGAAACGGAUGUGAUGUGUGAGGAUGAGGAGGAAUUUUGCCUAUCAAAUGACAACAUUGCAGCUCUGAAACUGCUCCUCAGUCAGUUACAAGAGCGCAAGGCUGCAAAUGAACUCCGUUGCCUAGGUUUCCGUACUAAGAUCCAGGAGUUGUGGGAAAGGCUUCGUAUUCCACAAGAGGACAGGGAUGCCUUCGCAGAGCAUAUGGAAAAGUCAAAGAAGAAAAACAUUGAGGCACUCCAGGUUGAGGUCCAGCGUCUAGAGGUGCUGAAGAUGCAGAGCAUGAAAAGUGUCGUUGAAUCCAUCAGAGCUGAGAUCACCCUUCUGUGGGAGAAAUGCUUCUACAGCCAGGAACAGCAGGAAGCCUUUGUUCCAUAUCAUGACGACGAUUUCACCGAAGAGCUUCUCAACCUGCACGAGGCUGAGGUCAGCAUCCUGAAGAAGUAUUACGAGGGCCACCAAGAACUCUUUGAAGGAGUUACAAAAUGGAAAGAGAACUGGACCCUGUACUUGGAACUUGAUAAAAAGGCUAAUGACCCCGCACGGUUCAACAACAGAGGUGGGAACCUUCUGAAAGAAGAGAAGCAGAGAAGUGACCUGCAAAAAAGUUUGCCUAAGCUGGAGAAGACUCUGAAAGCCCAAAUUGAUGCUUGGGAAGAGCAACACAGCAAGGAGUUCCUGGUGAAUGGACAGAAAUUUCUUGAGUAUGUGCAGCAACAGUGGGACCACCACCACAGUGAAAAGGAGAAAGAGAAGCUGGAACGGCAAAUGAAGAAAACGAAGCAGACGCAGGAGGAUAUGUUGUAUGGGACGGUAAUGAGAACACCAUCUAAAAGGCGUUUAGCAGGAACCCCCACACCUGGAAAAGUAAGAAAGCUCAACGGCACCUCGACCAUCUCCACUCCCAACAGCUUUCUUAGUUCAGGCCUCGGUGGAACCAUGUGCCAUUCCUCCAUCCAGAAACCGCCUCUGUCUGCCAGCAAGGGUCUUGGUUUGCGAACGCCUGGACAUGGAAAGACCCCGCGUGCACUAGACCGAAACAAGGAAAACAUCUCCCAUCUAAAUAGAAACACUCCAAGUGGCACUCUAAGGUCUCAGGAUACUCAAGAUCACACCUUCACCUUUAACUCAAUUGCUGCCUCCUAUACGGAUUUUGCGAGAGACCUCACAAAGGCUUCUAAAUCGAAUGUGAAGUCGGGACUGUUGAACUCCACCGUCAGCCACCACUGAUUGUUCCGAGGAGCCGCUCCACACCGAGAGCCGUCCAGCGCCGCGGUACUUUAGUGUGGAUUUCCGGCAGUGGACAGGAGAGAACUUCAAUGUAAACUUCUUAGAAAAGUGUAAAUAUUUUAAUCUGUGUCAACAUUUUGAAUCUUUUUACUUCAGGGUUUUACUGCUGCAGCAGUUUCUUCACUGUAUGUAUUUCUGUCCCCUCAAGUGAUUGUUUUUUCUUUUAGGGUUACAGCUUUUCUAAAGGACACACAUUAUCUAAAGCACUACUUUGUUUCAAAACAGUAGCAUUUGGCCAAUGAACUGAUUUUCCUCCUAUUUUUUUCAUUUUAUUUUUAACAUCACGCUGUAAAUAAACGGUAAAAAAAAA